UGAUUUAAAACCCUGUAUUAAUUCUUAUUGUAGGUUCAACUAUAACUUACAAGGAGGAAGCACAUCGUACGUUCCCAAUAACAUCAGGUUUACUAUGGAAAAAAAACAGGUGAUGGGUGCACACGGAAAAACCGUGCACGGAGACACCAUCCGGAAUAAAAAUACAGACCUGCAUGAAUCCGUUAUGAUUACCAGCAUAUUUUCUUUUUCGACGGAAAAACAAUUCUCCGCCAAAUUAAGGACUAUCAUUCUUUAACUUUUUGUGCAGAAACUUUGGGGAUUUCUCCGCCACUACAUACAAUGGACGUUGGAGAAAUAUAUGGGAUCGGGGAACUCCCAUCCCUUCCGC